GAAAGUGAGUUCAGUACGUGGAUGACAGGGGGAGGGAAAGGACUUCAGACUUCAGUGUUUGUGCGGAUGUGUAGCCUUCAAGUGUGCAGACAGGAAUUCGGCUGCUGUAAAAGCUUUUCUCUGCGACUCUACUUGUGCAUGUUUGGCGCGUGUCAUCGUCAACAAAAGUACAUUUAAAGACAGCGAUGCGAAAAUGCGAGACGAAGUCAAAGAAGGGAACGCGUGCUUAUUAAAAAUUGAGCGCGGGAGAAGAGACGUUGCGCCGUUCGAGACUUCUGGCAGCACUGGGCACAAACUAAGGCACUGACGGCCUUCUAACAUCACUAAAUGGGCUGAAAGGAAACGGACUUUUUUCAGAUAAGAAGAGUGCUGAGCUUUCCCGAGCGGCCAAAAGCCCAGAGGGAAAGAUCCAAGAAAACGCCCUGCUGCUGUUGCCUGUUGCUGCCGCUGCCGAUGUUUCUAAAUUCAAACUUUGUCGCAUAGUUGGAAAAGGACGUCCUCCGUUUACAUGGUGAUGAAAUGAAAGUGUAACGGCGGUUGGAAAAACUCAAGUCCGCCAAUUCAGCGAAGCUAGGUUCUUUGGGAAAAGUUUUUUUUUCCUGGAAUUCCGUUCGCUUUGGGAAUAUUUUCAUUGUGCACUCUUGUCGGAGGCAAGUUGGGUGGGCUGUGAUCCCACGGCUGUUCCGCUAGGCCCACGGCCAUCGACCACGAACAAAGAGCGUUCACAUGUAAACUCAAAGUUGGUGUAAACGUGUGUAUCUCAAAUCUUUCUUCAUAAGCACACCGAUCUCCGUCGCCGCAAGCAUGUCGCUGGGCGCAGAGAGGAGGAUGGAAGCCCGGCUGAAAAAGCUGGAGGAAACGAUCAGAAAUCCCAGGUCCUCCGUUAACCUGGAAAGUUUGCUGGACUCCAUGAAUGCCAUGGUCCUGGACUUAGACUACCCUGCACUACGGAAAAACAAAAACAUUGAAACAUUCCUAAACAGAUAUGAAAAGGUCAUAGAGCAAAUCCGACACCUCCAAAUGAAGUCUGAAGACUUCGACAAAGUUAAAAUUAUUGGUCGAGGGGCAUUUGGCGAGGUCCAGUUGGUGAGACAUAAAGCCUCUCAGAAGGUUUAUGCCAUGAAGCUGCUGAGCAAGUUUGAAAUGAUCAAGCGAUCGGAUUCUGCCUUUUUCUGGGAAGAGAGAGACAUCAUGGCCUUUUCCAACAGUCCCUGGGUCGUGCAGCUGUGCUGUGCCUUCCAAGAUGAGCACUACCUCUACAUGGUAAUGGAGUACAUGCCAGGGGGUGACUUGGUCAACCUUACCAGCACCUACGACGUGCCAGAGAAAUGGGCCAAGUUCUAUACAGCGGAGGUCGUGAUGGCCCUGGACGCCAUACAUUCCAUGGGUUUCAUCCACCGUGACGUCAAGCCUGACAACAUGCUGCUGGACAGACUUGGACACCUCAAGCUGGCUGACUUUGGCACCUGCAUGAAGAUGGACUCAACCGGCAUGGUGCAUUGUGACACAGCUGUUGGGACUCCAGACUACAUCUCUCCGGAGGUACUCAAGUCCCAAGGAGGGGAUGGAUAUUACGGGAGAGAAUGUGACUGGUGGUCUGUCGGGGUCUUCAUAUUUGAGAUGCUUGUAGGUGACACGCCCUUCUAUGCUGACUCACUUGUGGGAACAUACAGUAAGAUAAUGGACCACAAGAACUCGCUGAACUUCCCAGAUGAUGUGGAGAUCUCCAAAGAUGCUAAGAACAUCAUUUGCGCCUUCUUGACUGACAGGGAGGUACGAUUAGGCAGGAGCGGUGUGGAAGAAAUCAAAAGACAUCCUUUCUUCAAGAAUGACCAGUGGACCUUCGACACCCUUAGAGACACGGUUGCCCCCGUGGUCCCUGAGCUGAGCAGUGACAUUGACACUAGUAACUUUGAUGACAUUAAAGACGAUGAAGGCGACGUGGAGACCUUUCCCACACCUAAGGCUUUUGUUGGAAACCAGUUACCCUUUGUUGGCUUCACCUAUUUUAAGGAAGACCAGUUAUUAAAUGCUUCCAACAACUCCUCUGUGAGCCAUGAGAACUCAAAAGAAGAGACUGCAGCUCUGCAGAAGAAACUGUGCCACCUAGAGGUGCAGCUCAACAAUGAGAAACAGUCGAGAGAUGACAUGGAGCACAAAUACAGAGCCGCCACGAGUCGUCUGGACAAAAUCUCUAAAGAGCUUGAGGAGGAGGUGAGCGGAAGGAAGAACCUGGAGUCGAGUGUGAGGCAGCUGGAGAGGGAGAAGGCCCUGCUGCAGCACAAGAGUCUGGAAAGCCACCGCAAGGCUGAGAGUGAAGCCGACAGGAAGCGAUGCCUGGAGAAUGAAGUAAACGGCCUACGAGACCAAUUGGAUGACCUGAAAAAAAGAAACCAGAAUUCACACAUUUCAAAUGAGAAGAACAUUCAUCUACAAAAACAGUUAGAAGAAGCCAACAUGCUGCUCCGGGCUGAGUCUGAGGCAGCGGCCCGGCUCCGUAAAUCCCAGACCGAGAACAGCAAGCAGUUGCAGCAGCUGGAGGCCAACGUACGUGAGCUGCAGGACAAAUGCUGCCUGCUGGAGCGCAGCAAGCUCAGUCUGGAGAAAGAAUGUAUCAGCCUACAGGCGGCUCUGGAGACAGAGAGGAGGGAGCACAGCCAGGGCUCGGAGACCAUCAGUGACCUUAUGGGACGAAUCUCUGGUCUGGAGGAGGAGGCACGUCAGCAGAGACAGUCUCUGUCCAAAGUUGAGACUGAGAAGAGACAGCUCCAGGAGAAACUUGCUGAUUUGGACAGGGAGAAGAGCAACAGGGAGAUUGAACUGACCUACAAGCUGAAGGUGCUGCAGCAGGAGCUGGAUCAAGAGGAGACGUCUCACAAGUCCACCAGGGCGCUGCUGGCAGACAAAAGCAAGAUCAAAGUCACCAUUGAAGGCGCCAAAUCUGAGUCCAUGAAGGAGAUGGAACAGAAGCUGGCAGAGGAGCGAGCAGCUAAACUGCGCCUGGAGAACAGAAUACUGGAGCAGGAGAAGCACAGCAGUAUGAUGGACUGUGACUAUAAACAGGCUCUGCAGAAACUUGAUGAGCUGCGCAGACAUAAGGACCGUCUCACUGAGGAGGUGAAGAACCUGACACUGAAGAUUGAGCAGGAGAUGCAGAAACGCACCCUGACUCAGAAUGACUUGAAGGCACAAACGCAGCAGUUCAACGCUCUCAGAACCUCAGAGAAGCAGCUAAAGCAGGAAACCAACCACCUGCUGGACAUUAAACGCAGCUUGGAGAAGCAGAACCAAGAGCUGCGCAAAGAAAGACAGGACACAGACGGGCAAAUGAAGGAGUUACAGGACCAGCUGGAAGCAGAGCAGUAUUUUUCUACACUUUAUAAAACCCAGGUUCGUGAGCUGAAGGAGGAAUGUGAUGAGAGGAACAAACAACUCAAAGAUGUUCAGCAGUCGCUACAGGAGCUUCAGGAAGAAAGGGAAUCGUUGGCAGCUCAGCUUGAGAUCACUUUGACAAAGGCUGAUUCUGAGCAGCUGGCACGCUCCAUCGCUGAAGAGCAGUACUCAGACCUGGAGAAGGAGAAAAUAAUGAAGGAGCUGGAACUGAAGGAGAUGAUGGCACGCCAUCGGCAAGAGCUGGCUGAGAAGGACAUAACUAUCGGCUCACUGGAGGAGGCCAAUCGUACCCUGACCAGUGAUGUUGCCAACCUGGCAAAUGAGAAGGAGGAGCUAAACAACAAGCUGACAGAGGCAAUAGAAGAAUCUGAGAAAUCAAGAGAUUGGGAGCAGCAGAUCAGCCACAUGAAGCAGGGAUUUGAAAAGAUGUUGCAAUCUGAGAGGACUCUGAAAACUCAGGCUGUCAAUAAGCUGGCAGAGAUCAUGAACAGGAAGGAGGUGCGUGGCGGAGGCAGUCGCCGUGGUAACGACACAGACAUGCGGCGAAAGGAGAAGGAAAACAGGAAGCUGCAGCUGGAGCUGCGGUCGGAGAAGGAAAAGCUGAACAGCACCAUUAUUAAAUACCAGAGGGAGAUCAAUGAAAUGCAAGCACAAUUGGCUGAUGAGAGCCAGAUGCGCAUUGAGCUGCAGAUGGCCCUGGACAGUAAGGACAGUGAUAUAGAGCAGCUGAGGAACCUCCUGCAGUCACUCAGUGUUCAAUCAAUGGACUCUGCCAGUGUGAGCAGUGGGCCAGAGUUUGACACCGAUGAUGCUUACACAGAAACACGGUUGGAGGGCUGGCUGUCUCUCCCUGUAAGAAACAACACAAAGAAAUUUGGAUGGGAAAAGAAGUAUGUUGUAGUGAGCAGCAAGAAGAUUCUCUUCUACAACAGUGAGCAGGACCGAGAGCAGUCCAUUCCCUACAUGGUGCUUGAUAUCGACAAACUUUUCCACUUGAUGCCUGUCACUCAAACUGAUGUGUACCGUGCUGAUGCCAAAGAAAUUCCCAGAAUAUUCCAGAUGCUUUAUGCUAAUGAAGGCGAGAGUAAGAAGGAGCCAGAGUUUCCAGUCGAGCCAUUGCCCAUCGGAGAAAAGUCUGGCUACUUUUGCCACAAAGGUCACGAGUUCAUCCCCACGCUUUACCACUUUCCUACCAACUGUGAGGCAUGCACCAAGCCACUAUGGAACAUGUUUAAACCACCGCCCGCUCUGGAAUGUCGGCGCUGCCAUAUCAAGUGCCACAAAGACCACAUGGACAAGAAGGAGGAGAUCAUAGCUCCCUGCAAAGUCAACUACGAUGUGUCAACGGCCAAGAACCUGCUGCUGCUGGCCGCGUCCCAGGAAGAGCAGCAGAAGUGGGUCAGUCGUCUGGUCAAGAAGAUUCCCAAGAAGCCUCCACCAGCAGAGCACUUUGCACGCUCCUCACCGCGUGCCUCCAUGAAGGUUCAGACUAGCCAGUCAAUGAGGAGGCCCAGUCGACAGCUGCCCACCAGCAAGAGCAGACUCGAAGACUUGGGGCUGCAGGACUGGCACUGGGCUUUGGAUGAUAUUGAUGAUGACUGUUCCUCUAUUCAUUUCUAAUGACCUGCUAUGGUAACACUGUGUGCUGUGCUCUGCUGUGCUGUGCUGUGCUAUGCAGUGAUUUGAUUUCCUCUGCUCACUUGCACCAGUUAUAUUUACGUUGUCUGGGGCUCCAUUAAUACUAAUCAACUACAUUAAUUGAUAAGUAUUUCAAAAAUGUGUUUUUCACAAAUUCCCAUGAUGAUAUUUUACAUUUGACUGCCUCGCUUUGCUAUUUUACAUAACUUUUUCACACUAAAUAACUUUAAUUUGUCAAACAAAAAUCAUCCAAGGAGCAACUGCUUAAAGCAGCGGUCUCAAAGUCAAAUGAGCUGCAGCCCACUGUUUCCCCCGCCGUCUUAUUGAAGGGCAAAAAAACUAAAAGCAGGGGGACAGAUUACGUUAUACUAACAUCUUGUUGUGGGCCACAUUUGGAUGGUCCUCAAACUCCCGGCCUUUGGUCCACUUUUGGUCCGCUGGCCAGAUGUUUGGAAACCUGAUUUAAAGGGACGGUAACUUUUUUUGUUGCCAGGUCCAACUACUGGAAGACACAAUUGAAUAGUGCCUUUGGUCAUUGAUUGGUCACUGCUACUUGAAAAUGUUUUGUGUCCAUCA